AUGAUCCGUAUCGGCCUGUCAAACGGAGCCAGUCUCCAGAACCCCAUGGUUCUCACCACCUUCUCAGUCCAGCCAAAACCGCCUCCUAGAAGUCCCUCUCCCAAACAGAAGAACACAACACCAUUCCCAAGCCCAGAGCUCCACAACCCUCAGCAUGGCCACCCCAGCUCCUCCUGCAGCUGGUCUACCACCCCAGAAAAUUGGACCUACUGCAGGAACUCCCCCUGGUCCUCCCCCUGGACCUCCUCCACGGCGUCAUGGACUGCCUCCUCCAGGGCCUCCUCUGGUCCUCCACCUCGGCGCCCAUCCGGACAACAUCCUCCAGGGCCUCUACCUGGACCUCCAUCCCAUCACCCUCUUGGACAGCCUCUUUUCUCUCCACCCUCCAGUCAUGCAGGCCUUCCUUUUUAUUGGCCAGCUUCCUGCAGCUCCACCCUUAACUCAUUCAAUCCUUUGACCACUGCUGAAGUGACACCACCAUCAUCAACACCAGCAACAUCGAGUCCUACAAAUGAUGACCAGACAACCAUCUCUACGACAGUGGCCAGAUGCCUGAAGGUCAUUGAGACCAUGAAAUCUCUAGCUGUACAGCCACAAGCCAAACUGGUCAAAACAGUCCAGUUUAGUUUACCUACAGAGUCUCCAUCAGCCUCAAGUCCUCAGACCUCUGCAGAGACAGAUGAUGACAUAAAGAGCAAGCAGAAAGAGAAGCUGGAUUUGUAUAACCAGAGGGUUUUGGAAAAGAGGGAGCAGCAGUACAAGGAGAUGCUAGCCCGCAAGAAAGCAGAGAAGAACAGGGAUGGCACACUGAUCCCCCAGGUAUCAGAUCGUGUUAAAUUACAUUAAACCUAACUAGUAACCAUUGAAUUAGUGGCAUUUGUGAGUUAAGCAUUCAUUAAGGUUGUUCUCUGCAUGCUAGGUCUUCAAACACAUAAAUACAUUUUCAAGUUAACAUUUUAGAGAUGCAUGCCAUAUUACUUUAAGGAUAAAAAGAUUUAACACCCUGUUUUCUUUUUUUUUUUGACUAGAUGGGUUCUUUAAGCAGGUUAAAAUUAUUUCUCCCAGAAAGUUAGCUAGGCUUUGGUGAGAAACGCAAGGAAACAUUAUUAUCCACAUCUCUGAAAAUGUGGUAGAACCCCGUUACUAUGAUAAAAGUAUUGUUAAGUUUUGUGGGUCUAGCUGAAGUAUGAUUAUUAAGGCUUAAAUAGCGCCGUUAGGCCCUGACGUAAGGACAAAUGCUACGCUAGAUGUAUGCUUCUCCGUCGAGAUGGUCUGACUGUAGAUUCCCAUAAGGUAGGAAGUGAUUUAGGAUUUCACUCCGUUGUUAUAGCUCAACCUCAAUGCUACUCCGAUAUAUCUUUUCACUUUGUAAUAGAGAACAGAUAUCACAGCAAGGUUUGCCCAGAAAAUGGCUUUGCUAGAAUACAUUUUGUCUAGCAGCUCUUGUGCUCUCCCAGUAGAACCAACAUGCGGUUGCAUUAUGAAGGAGUUGCAGUCAGCUACAGUGGAGCUUCUGACGUACUAGCUGAGCACAUAGAAACCGCUACGCCUUGAAACGGAGCCAUAAGGUUACCAAGACAUCUUAAGUGCAUUGCGGCCCUACAAAGAUCAAUCGCUCCUCUGCCACACGUUAGCCGAGCCAAGCGGUUCGUCCCAGCGAUCAAGACAAGGAGCCAACUGCAAUCUCAACUUCUCAAAGUAACAUCUUUUUUUUUCCUCUUCAUAUGG